AUGAGUGAGCUAUUGAGAACAGCUUGUGAAGAAGCAAAAAAGGGAAACUCCAGUAUUAAACAACAAGUGAGAGAUAUUGGAAAUAAGUUUUUGACCAAGGUUGAGAUAAGUGCGCAAGAAGCAGUCUAUAUAGUACUUCAACUUCCAAUGAGGAAAUCUUCUCGUCAAGUAGUAUUUAUAAAUACUUCACCCCCUGAGGAUAGAGUUCAGUUACUGAAACCAUUGCAAGAAAUUAGUGAUUUGGAAGAUGAUUCUGAUGAAAUUUAUGCAUCUGGUCUAAUAAAGCGUUACACAAAACGACCAGCCAAACUUGAAAAUGUGUCCCUUGCAGAUUGGGCUGCAUGGUACGACACCUCUGGGAAGCCAUAUAUCAAACCAUCACGUGAAUUCGAUAUUGAUAAUUAUCCACUUGAGACAAACUUGAGUGUUAAUAAUGAGGAAGAAGAAAGCAAACAAAAGAAUAAAAAAAGAUCUAAAGCCAGAAUUAUUCGAAGUGUCUGUUUUAACAAGGAAGUUGAUUCUGAAAAGCAUUACCGUGAACUAAUCAUGUUAUUCACUUCAUGGAGGGAUGAAAUAACUGAUUUAUUAGGAAAUUGUGCUUCUUACCAAGAACACUAUUUUCAAGUUAAAAAUACAAUAGAUGAGCAAAUGAAAUGUUAUGUACAGUGAAGACCUGAAUGCGAUUCAAGACCAGCUUAAUAAUGUGGAAGAUAGCGAUGAAAACUAUGACCUGAUUGCCCCAGGAACACAAAACAUUGAGCGUCGAGAUGGAGAUGAAGGUGCCCAAGAUCUUCAUCCAGAAUUCAAUGAAACCUAUGACCUAUCUGGUGAUCUUGGAAUUCCUUCAGCUGCAUCUAAUACUGAUCAGCAGAUAUUACAUGAAGAACAGGAUGAUGUUUACAGAGGAAUGGUACAAAAAUUAAACAGAGAACAAAAAUAAUUUUUCUUCCAUGUUUUACAUCUUAUUAAAACUUCUGACAAUCCAUUCUACUGUUUUCUUAGUGGAGGGGCAGGAGUUAGCAAGUCACAUCUCACUAAGUGUCUUUAUCAAGCAGCAUUAAAGUACUAUAAUACUAGAGCAGGUGAUGAUUUCCAUCAAGUGAAAAUAUUAAUGCUUGCACCAACUGGUAAAGCAGCUUACAAUAUCAAAGGUAACACAAUACAUAGUGCACUUUCAAUACCUGCAUGUCAAUCUUUAAAUAAUUGCAAACAUCUGGAUUCAAGCAGGUUAAACACCUUACGGUGACAACUUGGUGGUUUAAAACUAAUAUUUUUAGAUGAGAUCUCAAUGGUUGGCAGUACAAUGUUCAAUGUUCAAAUAAAUAAUAGACUGAAAGAUAUUAAAGGAUGUAAAGAAGAUUUUGGUGGUGUAAGCAUUGUUGUUAUCGGUGAUUUAUUUCAGCUGGAACCUGUAAUUCAGGAUAUGCAGUUCUUGCUCCUAAUAAAUGGCAAGAUAACUUCAAUAUAUUUGAAUUGGAAGAAAUUAUGCGCCAAAGGGAGAGCAAAGUGUUUGCUGAAAUAUUAAACAGACUUAGGGAAGGAAAACAUACUAAGGAUGAUAUUUUGAAACUAAAAGAAAGAUUAAUAAAAGAAAAUAGCAUCCAAGAUCCCAUGGAUGUGCCUCACUUGUUCAUCCAAAAUCAGAAGGUAAAUGAUUUCAAUGAAAGAGUGCAUAACGCAGCAACUGGUGAAAAGUUUUCAAUCAAAGCAAUAGACAGUGUUAUAGGAGCUAACUCUGCUCAACUUCGAGAUAAAAUUUUGAGUCAAAUACCAAAUGAUCCUAGGACAACUAAGCAAGUUGCUUCAAACCUUCAAUUGUCAGUGGGGGAAAGAACUGAGAUAGCAUUGAAUGUACGUACGUACUGA